AUGUCUAAAGUCAAAAUUAUCGUUGUUGGCCCACCAGAGUCCGGAAAGACAACUCUUUGUAACUUUUUAGCUGAUGCUACAGAGUCGUCAGGGGGAGAGUAUCACCCCACACAAGGUGUCAGGAUUGUUGAAUUUGAAGCAAGUGCAGCGGACACAGGCCGAUCACCCGUCGAUGUGGAACUAUGGGACUGCAGCGGUGACAGAAAAUUUGAGUCCUGCUGGCCAGCCAUGGUCAGAGAUGCCAGUGGAGCGGUUUUUGUUUACAACCCAGACCAGCCCAAUCACGAUAAAGAUCUGGACAUUUGGUACAACUUCAUCAUUGGGAACAACCAUCUGAAGGAGAAUCAAUGCAUUGUGUUUGCUCAUCGUAAACCGCACACAGCAGGGGAAUCUGUAGAACUGUCUCACAACUUUAACAAGAUUCCCUCGGUGAACACAAACCUGGAAGAUGAUGCUGACUCCGUCCGGAGAGACUUCUACCGAUUUCUGUCCUCACUGAUUAAAGCCAUGUCCAGCAGCAGGGAGCAAGAAGAACUGAAUAUAAUGAACCAGUAG